AUGCUUUCAUCGUGUCUUACUAUUUUCCUUAUUGUUACUAUUCGUUGUGAUGCUUCGAACUCAACACACAGAAGCAUUCUCCAUGACAGUCUCCUACACGGCUACAAUGAUAGAGUACGUCCCGAUGGGCCAGGCGAUGGACAGAUUCUGGUUUCUGUUUAUUUCACCUUGAUGUCACUGAAAGAAUUCGACGUGCAAAUGAGUCGUUUCUCUGUGUCUGGCUUCCUUACCUCAUCAUGGUCUGAUGAACGACUCAGGUGGUUUCCUCCAGAUCAUGGCGAGAUCUUGUCGCUCCAGUUGCCACAGGAUGAAGUAUGGACCCCUGGAUUUGUCUUAUGGAAUUCUUACUCUUCUUUGACCAAGAUUGGGUUUCGUGAUGCACCAGUGAGAGUAUAUUCCGACGGUCUGGCGAUUUGGAACCCUGGACAGGUAUUUGAAACGUCAUGUAAUGCUGAUGUCACAUACUUUCCUUUUGACAUUCAGCGUUGUACGCUUGACUUUAAUCCUUAUGGCUACAAUACGGAUGAACUCAACAUAAUUAUCAAUGAUACACAUUCUUCAAUGGGCGAAUCGACAUUGAACACCAUGUGGGAAGUAUUGAGUACGAGUAUGUAUGUUACUAGUGUACAGAAUGAGCUGAUGGUACAUGUCUCUGUCACGUUUAGAAGACGUGGGUUUAUCUUUGUAUUGUUAAUCAUAUUACCGGUUGUGUUAAUGAGUCUUGUGAAUCUCGCAGUCUUUUUCAUUCCGGUAGAAGAAGGAAACAGAAUUGACUUUGCGACCACCAUGUUGCUGACCAUAUCAGUUGCUAUGACAGUGGUAGGCAGCUACCUUCCUCAGUCUUCUCUGCCCCAGAUCUCUAUUAUGUGCUAUAUGGUAUCCAUCCAUGUAUUCAUAAGUAUGCUGGUGAUGGUUUUCACGGUUAAGAGUGUUCAAAUUUAUCACAAAUCCGACGCGGAUGAAAUAUCUACCUUGGCUAAAUUCUGGACGAAAAUGAUGCUAAGUAAACGACGAGAAAAGGUUGGGUUCAUCCCUUCAAAUACAACUGACAUCACAAAAGUCCAAGAGCUUGAGAAACCAAACUGGAUAACAACUUCGUCAGACGGGGACAGGGAACGCGAAGUAAAAUAUAACCAUCAAGACGAGAACGAGGAUUCCAGUAAAAAAGAAGACGAACCCAAAAUCACUUGGAAGGAAGUCGGUUCAACCUUCGACACAUUUUCUUUCAUCGUCUUCAUUUUGAUGAUCGGUGUUCUAGAUUUCGUCACUAUUUCUAUGGUGAUACUAAAGGGUGAAACAGCAUACUCCUAA